AUGCUCGAGGUCGCCGCUAACGAUGUCAUGAAGCAAAAACUCCCAAUAGUUGAAAAGAAGCAGAAACUCGCCGAGCUCCGUUAUAAGGCAGCUCGGUUGAGGCGGCGGACGCUCCAUAUCACGUUGAAAUCAUUCCUCGAAGUCGAGCAAUCCUCACUUGAAGUGCUUCGUCACCUUCUCGAUCAAGGUGCUGGGGCCGCGUUUACAUCUCUGUCCGACCUUCAAGGACUGAGCUUAGCCCUCCGGCUGGAACUUGAAAACAGAGGGAGACCUGCUGUGGUGCACGAACUUUUGCAUCGUGGCAUUAGUGCGCUGGAUGUCGAAAGACUUUUGCCCACUGCGGCGAGGCAUGGUCACGUUGCCGCACUGAAGAAGCUUCUGAACUUCCGCAUGGAUAUUGGUUAUCGACGCACACCGCCUCUGCACUUGUCGCUGCCGUCUCUGCAAAUUUUGACCAGCCCACGAUGUCAUCCGACCUGUGAUGAUAUCCUCGUUGCUCGGAGGAGAGAAUCGGGCGAAAGUCCCGACAAGGUUCGGCACUUAUUCUCCUUUUUACAAGGAGUGACUUUGAACUCUCUUCCUAUGAACCACAAUCGCCAGACGUGGCGGAACGUGCCUAUGGUGCUCGCCAACAUGCUUGGACAUGAACAGACGGCAAUGUUGCUUGGGCAAAAUGGCUUUGUUAUGGAUGAAAUGUGUUUGUAUUUCGCCACCUUGGAGGGCCAAACCAGGACCGUUACCCGUAUCUUAUCGUUCAACGCGAGGAGCACUGGGGUCCUCUCCAAAGCACUCUAUUUUGCGGCUUGGGGAGGUCAAGAUACCCUGGCGAGACUGCUCAUGGAUUACCCUGGAGCAGAUAUUGAUGGUACGUUUCCUGUGAAUGACACCAACCCAAACUCAAGAGCGCCGCGAGCCACACCACUUUACGUGGCAGCGGCUUACAACCAAGUUCACGUUGCGAAACUCCUUAUUCGUCUGGGCGCGAAUGUCGAUAUUCAGAUUGAAGCUCGCAUAGGAUGUGAGUCCCCUUUCGAGAUAGCCGCAUGCCAUGGAUUUAUUGAGAUGCUCGAGCUUUUCGCAAGCUACCAUCGCUCUUGUCAUGUUAGCUCGUGCUUGAUCGGAUCGGGGCUGUCGAGGAAUUUCAAAGUCUUGGAAUUUCUUCUACAGAAAUACCACCCCGACACCCAAACAUUGGUAACCCUCUUCGAGGUGGCCAAGCAGCAAGAGAAGAGUGAUCUUAACGCCAAGACAAUGCUUGAAAUUCUGAAAAACUGUGGCUAUGGAGUCUAUGAAGGUCGCGAGAAGAAUGCCUCAAGAUUACGGGAGCCUGACUCAUUUCCUCAGAAUGGAGAACACCAAAGGUCGAUUGGAGAGACCAGCUGUGAAAUAUAA